AUGACAAGGUUAAGUAUUUCUCAGCCUAUCAGCAACUACAAUAAUGCGUUCUUUAGUACAAUAACUGUUCGAGAUCGCGAUGCUGGAUCGCCUUCAGCCAACAGAGGACGUUCGAAGGACAUCCGACGACGUCUCGAUUUCGGACGGCACCACGAUACGGGCCUGCCAGCAUUGCGACCAACGCUUAUCGAGGCCUAUAGCUACCUACAAUCCACGCCGCAUAACUCUGCCAGUGCCAGUCCUUCACAGGCAUCGCAAGACAGAGCGCUCGCACGCCCGCACGCUCCGCGACCUUCACUUUCUAGUAACCCCGCACGCGCAUGGACCCACACCUCGCCUGCAUGCGCAAAGCCGUUCCGUUCAUCAUCUGCUGAUGUCUUCCUGGCUCUCCCAGCCGCGCCACGCGCCAGUGCCAGCGCCAGCUUACCCCUCUCAUCGGGGCUCGUCUCAUCAAACGCCACCCGCGAGCCAAGCGACAAAUGGAGCGGGAGGCCCGCCUGUGCGACCCUCCACGUAGUAUACACCCACGGGUGUCCGAAGACAGACACCCCACCCUCUGCAGCGGCGGUCACGGUGUUCACUCGCAAAACGACGGUGCUCGCGCGUUCAAAUGCAGAUAUCGGCAACCGCAGCACAAAGCGCGACGAACACAGCUCUAUACAUCCUAACCACAAAGUCAGACUUCUUUGCCAUGCGUUCAGCGUUCGCACUCCGUUCAGCUAUGCACGUAUCUACCCGCGCAGCAUUCCUGGGGGAGGAGGAAAGGAGGAUACCAAAAACAGAUCUCGUCCGGCACCGUCCCCGGCACCCCAGGAGCGAGCACAUCACAUCAACUAUACACACUUACACGCACAUAUGCAUAUAGCCAACAAUCAACAGCCCAAGAAGCCACAACCAAAGCCAAAGCCGAACAAAACACGUCAAGAAAAACGGUCCGCCUCACACGGCAACAAGCAAUAAACACAAGCGCAUACACAGGCCACCCCACCCUACCCCGCCCCACCCUGCCCGCUACCCUACCCCCGCAAGAUGCAUUUUACCUGCCCGUGGCCGCGGCUACAGCGUCUGCUCCGACACCGACACCCGGAGGAUCGACGACCGCCGCGCCUGCUCCUCCAUCCGCUCCCGAUCCCGCCUGCGCGACCCGCGCCGCCCCCUUCGAUCCGCCUCCUCUUCCUCCGGCACGGCCACAGCCACCCCCGCCACCGCCGCGCCGUCGUCGUCGUCCCCCGCAUCCUCCACGCCCAGCAUCCCUUCACCUUCACCUUCACCCUCGCCCUCAGUCUCCGUUUCCGUCUCGGUCUCCGGCAGCGCGCCCUCGCGCCGCGUGGCGCCCGCCUCGCCCGCACCCUCCUCGUCGCCCGCGG